AUUAUUAAAUUAGUUGUUUCCCAAUCGUGUUAGGGCGUGUACCUACGGUGUACGAAUAAUUACAAAUAAUACACGCGUAGUAACACCUUUAACUUUUAAGCUAUAUAAUAAUAAUCUAAAAUUCUAUAGCAAAAAAAUAUCUUAAUCAUUUGCUAAUUUUGUAAGUUCUUUUUCGUUAAUAAUCAUUUUAAGUUGUUGUAUUUUGUUAAUAUUAUGAAGACUUGCUUCGGAUGUUGUCCACUACACCAUGGCGUCACUGCGAUUGCCCUUAUAAACAUUGUUUGGAAUAUUACGGAAGCGUUAAAACACAUUUAUCACCGUGUUCAAGAGUAUGAACGAUUUAAGUGGAUUGUCCAUUCAAAUGGCAAUACUUCUGUUUCUCCCGAUGACAACAGCACUGCAGAAUAUGAGUCUUCUGACUACAUUUCGGAUAUCGAAAGAAUACCUAUCAUGAGUGGAAUAUACAUGGAUUACAUAUUCAUAAUGACAGUCAGUUGGAUCGUUUUGGAAUUCAUCUCGAAUUGCUGUCUCAAGCAAUCCACCUUCAAACGUGCUCCUCAAAAAAUCUACUUGUGGCUAGUAAUUUAUUACGCGAAUUUGUUGUUUAUGGUAUUGCAUUUGGUUCAUUUUACACUGUUGAUAACUAGACAUUCAAUUCCAGUAUACGCAAUAUUUUCAUGGACAAAACAACAUUUUGGACAUUUUUUCAUGGUAUGCACACUAUAUCAACAAAUUGAUCAAAUUAGUCAUAAUUAUUCAGAGACUUUAAUAAUAACAAUAAAAUCAAUGUUAUUAGUAUGAAUCCUAGUCUGUAUC